UGCGGUGUUACGAAGAAAAACGUCCGCCCUGAAUUUCCGCCGGGUUCCAUUCACCGUACUGAAGUUCCUAGCCGUCACCAGCCAUCUAAUCUCAUUGUAAAGGAGUCCCAAUGAAGGUGAGGGAGGUGUCGCGUCACUCUCCGUUUACCUGAGACUCCGACACCCCUGUGUUGUUGACACACACAUUGACGCCCGCCCCGCAGCCGAGAGAGGACGAAAACCAGACUGUUACAAGGAUGAAGGGGCUCCUAGUGCUGUCUCUGCUCUUCUGCAUGUGCGCCAUGUACUUUGUGGGCAUUUACCUGUUCGUGGGUGGGUUCCUGCUGGUGAGGCUGGAGGUGAACCGGACCAGCACCUGCGGAGACGUGCUGCAGCCCGGAGAGGAGCCAGUGGACUUCUGCCGCGUCCAACCGCGUUUUCGCCGGGCGGUCCUCCUCAUCAUUGACGCCCUGAAGAUCGACUUCGCCCGGUUUGACCCCAGCAACACGUCACCCCGACCUUAUGAGAACAAGCUGCCUGUGCUGGAGGAGACAGCCUCAUCCAGGCCUUCUCACAGCCGCCUGUACCCCUUCCGUGCUGACCCACCUACUACCACCAUGCAGAGGAUCAAGGGUUUCACCACUGGAUCCUUGCCCACGUUUGUGGAUGUAGGUAAUAACUUUGCAUCCAGUGCCAUCUUGGAGGACAAUCUCAUCCACCAGUUUGGACAAGUAGGCAAACGGGUAGUGUUCAUGGGCGAUGACACUUGGGAGAGUCUGUUUCCUAAAAAGUUCCACCGUUCUCUGCCUUUCCCCUCUUUCAAUGUCAAGGAUCUGCACACAGUGGACAAUGGCAUCCUCCAGCACCUCUACACCACCAUGGUAGGUGAUGAUUGGGAUGUCCUGGUUGCUCAUUUCCUUGGAGUGGAUCACUGUGGUCACAGGUUUGGUCCCGACCACCCGGCCAUGGCUGACAAGCUCACCCAGAUGGAUGGAGUCAUCAGGUCUGUGAUUGACCGUCUGCAGAACGACACCCUCUUGGUGGUGAUGGGAGAUCAUGGGAUGACGGACACUGGAGAUCAUGGUGGAGAAAGUCAGAAGGAGACCGAUGCUGCUAUCUUCCUCUAUAGUCCUGCCCCUCUGUUUCCUGGACCCCCAUCACAGAGUGAACCAGAUGUGGUGCCCCAGACUGACCUGGUUCCGACCCUGGCUCUGCUGCUGGGAGUUCCAAUCCCGUACAGCAGUGUGGGGCAGGUUCUCUUGCCCUUAUUCCCUCCUCUUGGGCAGACAAAAGGUGCAGUUGGGGAACUCAGCCAGCUGGAGGCACUGUGGAUCAACGCAAAACAGGUAAACCGUUUCCUGGAGACUUACUCUGGCAUGGCCAAAGAUAUCCCACCAGAGAGCCUCUCUCAGCUGAAGGAUGAAUUUGCCCACCUCUCCUCUGAGUACCUCACCACAGUUAGAGAUGGUCGGCCACCCUCCCCAGAGCUGGCUGUCUCAUUGCAGGCCUACCUCAGCUCUGUCAGAGACACCUGCAGAGCGACCUGGGCUCGUUUCAACCCGUUUAAGAUGGCGGCAGGUUUAGCCAUCCUGGCGUUUGCCUGCUUAAUGUGUUUAAUUCUGUCUGAGCUGUCCCUUGUGUUGAUCAGGGAGAACAGUCCCGGGCUGAAGGCCCCUGUUGUCGUGGCACUAACAGCGGGGCUGUGCGUUGCUGCGGGUCAGCUGCUCACACAGGGCUAUAUCGAGGUAGCGUGGUGCCUAGCAGCUGCUGCACUCAGCUCCGAACUUCUCCUCCUCUGGACUGCUUGUCGAUCCAGAACCACUGCUGUGGCAAAGAAUGGAUUUAAAGCUGCUAAGUGUACUAGCUGGCUGACUCUACGUCGUCUCCUCAUUCCCUCUCUCAUGGUACUACUCAUUCGCUGUGCCUGCCUGCUCUCAGAUAGCUAUGUGAUCGCUGAAGGCCGGGUAGUGACCUUUCUCAUGUUUUCUCUGGCUCUCUAUAUUCCCAUCCAUCUCAACUGGGAUGGCCUACUUCUACCCCCAAGCCAUGACCCUCUGAAGUCUGCUGGGCUUCUGCCUUCUCCAGCCUUGUCUCCGUCGACUGUGAGGAAAGAAAGCAGCACCCUCCUAACCUGUUUAGGACUCCUCAUUGGCAGCCUCUACCUCUCCCUGUCCUUUCACGGCUGCAGAGAAGAGCAGGGCUCCUGCCAGCCAUCGCCAUUCCUUUCUCCUCUUUCCCGCUUGCAGGACAGCCAGCUGAAGAACCUCCACUACAUCCUCUCUGUCUCCUCCCUGGGCUUAUGGACAUAUUUGCUGAAACGCUGCCUCCGCCACUAUGGUAACCUCAACUCCUCAGGUGGGACGGUGUUCACGGCCCGCUGGAUCUUACCACUGCUGGCUGUGUGCCUGGGGCUCCACUGGGCUGUUAGUGCCACUCCAGAGGACAGCUUCAGGAAUCUGGCUGAGCUGAUCAGCCUGGCCCAGCUGGCCCUCCCCAGGGCCGCCUUCUGUCUCUUGGGGCUUGGGCUGUUUCUGAUCUGGCUUGACCCUCUCACUGUGUUUGUGAAGACCAGGGCUGCAGCUUCAGCCAGAGGUUCUUCACUACCCCCGCCCCGCUACCGGGCCAGCACGGGCAUCAGCCCCCAAGCCGAGCUACAUCACCUCAUCCCCCAGAUCUACCAGCGCAUGCGUCGUUCCCUGGAUGACGGAGAGCUGAGUGGGAGCAGCGACGUGGACAGCAGGCCUGCUGUGGAGGCCUACGGACUGGGAACUGUGUACUCUGCUCCUCUGCUGCUGUUCUGUGGCCUCCUGGGAAUUGGUUUGUUGCUGCUGCACCCAGAGGGCAUGGCUCUGUCUUUCCUCCUGCUGCUACUAGAAAUGGGAGCUCUGAUGCACAUUCACGCCUCCUCCACUACCCUCAGUGGCCUACAUGGAACAUAUUCUGGUGGCUUUAAUGUGCCCUGGACUCCAAUAGUGCUGUGGUCCCUGGCUGCCACCCAGUUCUUCCAUGCCACAGGUCACCUCCCCACCUUUCCCUCCAUCCAGUGGGGUGCUGCCUUUGUGGGGUUCCCUGAAGGACACACAGGCACCGUACUGCCCGCCUCCCUGGUUACCCUCAAUACCUUUGCCUCACACAUCCUGUUUGCAGUGGGUUGUCCAUUGCUACUGUUCUGGCCCCUGGUGUGCGAGGUGCGUGGGAGCAGAGGAGGAAGAGCUUGCGGGGAAGAAGGAGAGGAUGCUGUGAUGGAAAUGAGACUGAGAGAGAACCCCCAGCAUUUCAGCGCUGCUCUCCUACAACUCUCAACGCGCUACCUCUUUAUCCACGGAGCACAGGUCUUUGCUUCAGUCUGUGCAGCUGCUAUCCUCAGGAGACACCUAAUGGUGUGGAAGGUUUUCGCACCCAAAUUAAUGUUUGAGGCCUCAGGGUUCCUGGUGAGUAGCGUGUCUCUGCUGAUUGGGGUCACAUUAGUGUUAAGAGUCGACGUAGCUGUGGGCCGCUGGUUUAAGAGAAUCAUCCCUGAUGCGUCCAGGUAGCGACGGCGCUGGUGCCUGCUGCUUUAUCACGGAAGCCCACUAGAGCUCACUGUGCCACAGAGACAACCUGGACCUGGUGGUCACUGUAAAGGUUUUAUACGGAAACACUGCCAUCAGUGUCUAACAUGAAGAUCCCCACAAACAUGUCAUGUGAGGCUGCCUCUUACUGUAACUCUUUCGAGGGCUAUGUUGUGCAUUACUGACACUGAGGCCUGCCUCCUUUUCAGCCAGAGGGACUUUCUGACAUCAAAUGACAGAACGACAGCAUGUGAACUUUUUUAUACACUGUUUUUUGGUUAAAGCUUAUAAACCACCUCACAAAGGUGAUGGGAGGUUAAAGACCUUUGAGGUCCAGAGCUGUAUGUGAUUAGGGAGAGAACGGAAGUUUCUGAAUGUUUCUCUAAAACUCCUGUUUUCUAACUUAUGGAUGAAACCUUCCAAACUCCCCAAGCCAGACUGUCUUGCAAGUGAUUCAUAGUGCAGCAGGUAAAAAGCUUCACUAAAUACAUACAGUUUACACUGGCUACAAGUCUGUCACAGCUGGAUAAUAACCUCAGCAUUUAAACAAAAUUGGCCUUUAAUAUCUGGGGUUACUUAUGUGUGACAGAGUGGCCAAACUGACAGUUUAAUGUGAUGGAAAAGUAGCUGUGGAAGGAAGAAACUGACUAUUAAAUUUACACUUGAGCCAUUUAGCUGACUGUUUUCCACAGCGAUGUACAACUAACGAGCAGGUAAAGGUUCAGCAUCUUACUGCAGAAACUGAACCAUGAAGGUCUAGGAGCUACUUUAUUAUCAAGCCGCGAGCAGGUCAACUCCAUUUGGUGAAAUCCAUCCAAGUGCAUUACAGCAUGUCAUUUAAGUGUCUGCUGGAGGAACCUUUCCUUUUUUAUGUUUUGUAUUUUCAAGGUGUAGAAAUACACAGUGCAUCUGAUUACUGCCAAUUCAUACAGUAUUACUGUGCUGUUAUUGUAAUUUUUUUACACGGUUUCUGGUUCUUAAUCUGCCAUGGUCUUUAUUUUUUCUGAUUCCUAACUAAUGCCUAUUUAUAAUUAAGGUUUUUUUAAUCACUGAUGAUACAUUUUCUAAUCUCAAAAGAAGCUUGUCUUAAUUGGGCCUCAUACACCUUGUCCCCGGAAUAGGUGCCUAGCUUUAACAAAUGCCUUUUUUUGUGUACGAUGUCAUUAAUUUGGCAGGGUCAUUCAAUCCAAGACAUCCAGAAAGACUGUCAGUUAAUUUAUUUCUGCAGAAUGUCUGAGUCAGUGUCCGGUGUAAGAUCUGUUACUGCUCUGCAGCUGUAGUCAGCAGCUAAAGCUCAUUAGCUAAUGUAUGAUAUCGAAGGGAUGUUGAGCUCAGGUUGAAUUAGCUAUAAUGCAAUAGCACUGCAUUCCUCAGGCUGUUAUGAAGGAGCGAUUGGUCAUUUAGAGUGGUUGCUGUAGUGACGUCAGCCCAACUGAUGGUUUGGCAUGGUUGUGUGAUGACAGGGCACAUUUUUUUCUGUUUUUAAAAUGUUUAAUAUAUAAAUAACUGAUUAAUUAAAAUGAUUUUACAUUCUGUGAAAAAUGUAAUAAAACUUUUGUACAUCA